UUGGUUUAACAAAUUAAAUUAGAAAUCUUAAUUAAUUAAUUUGCAUUAUGGUUCAAUUUAACUUAUAUUGUGUGUUUAUUAAAUAUUAAUGAUAAAUUAAAUUAAGUUUUACGGUAACGACAAUAACGUGGCUCUUGUAAGAAGUCUAUUCGUUCGAAUUGUACUGGCUCGCGCUUUCCGUGUUCAAAAUGGAACGGUUAUAUAUUCACGCUGGAGGGAGAAUAAGGAACGAAACAAAGCAGAAAGAGCAACUAUAACGAACAGAUGUAAUGACACGUGAAAUUGCCACACUCAAUAUAAUAAACCGGGAACGUUUGAAUCUCGAUAUGAGUUGUACGAUACUUGUUGCGUUAUUCAAUUUGCCUCAUUCAAUGAAUAUCACAGUGUUUAGAGGUUCUAACGAGCUUUUACUCGUUUCCGAAUGAUUGAAUGCGAAAUGGAAAAUAAAUGAUGCAAGAAUAAGCUGCGUGUUAACUCGCGUUGUACUCGCGGCACGCGAAGACUUUACCUUCCGAAUCUCGAGAGAUGUAACGUAAUCAACGUUAGCGUAUAAUUAAACCAUUAAUUAACAAACUUGUCAGGCAUUGAAAAACGUUAUUUUCGGAAAGAAUUUUGCGAAAGAUGCACAGUUAUGCGCCGAGCUUUAAACGCCGAUCCCGAAUUGCCUCGUAAAAUCAGCAAUUCCGAUGUAAUAAUACCUCGGCAUGAUAUUACGUAUUCGCUCUUGUUACGCGACACGAACAUCAUAUCUAUUUUUUCUCUCGCCGCUGUGUGCAGCGACGUGUCAUAAUGAUAAUUCGUUUCUCCUCUAGAUGAGUGAUAUCUCGAGGCGACAUCGCGUCAAGGUCCGACCGUAAUUUUACUGCAUUAUUAAAUGAUCGUGAUCCAGGCGCAUCAUGCAUCUUUGUCCUGCGGAACAAGUCUGUUCGCGGCACCGUGCUACAUAGCCUUCGGCCGUCAUCUCAAAGUUCCCGUAGUCGCAACGGUAACCAACGCUUUUCACGACUGGCUCAACGAGGUAUCCGGCAAUCCGGCCAAUCCUGCCUUCGUCCCGAGCAUUUUCUCUCACGGCCAACGCAUGGAUUUCAAGGAACGUUUGACAAAUUUCUUCUUGACGCAUUAUCUCUCUUGGCAUAUGCAUUAUUAUACCAACCACCAAUUGACGUUUGUAAAGGAGCACUUCGGCAUGGACGUGCCGCAUAUCAAGGACCUAUAUAACGAUAUAGCUUUGUAUCUAGUCAAUUCUCAUCACACGUUAAACGGAAUCAGACCGAUGACCACUAACGUGAUCGAGGUCGGCGGUCUGCAUCUCAGAGACGAUGAUAAAUCGCCGUCAGCGGUACGUAUCGACGAGAGUUGCUUUUCUCAUUGUUAUUCGCAGUACAUUCUUUCUGGAUACAAUAAGUAGAAUUUUUCAUCAAAA